AUGACGAACAAGGAGAACUACAAGAUUGCCGACGCUGACGCCCUCUUCGACGCCGUCCAGCUGUACAUCGACUCGACGCCACCGUGCGACCAAAACCGGCUCUCACCGCGGCACGCGGUCUUACCCAGGGGUAUGUCUGCCCUCAGCACUGUGCAGGACUUCGUGGAAACCACGAUAGUGCUCAGGAAAGAGCGGAACGAGCUUGGAAUAAGUAUCACGGGAGGAAGUGAUACUUACUUGGUGAACGAACUCUCCCUGCGAGACGUGUGCUCUACGGACGCCGUGCGGGCCCUAAGAGAGGCACCGUCACCGGUGAGACUGAUGGUGCUCCGGGAGAACCCGCAGACGCUCUUCACCACCACCGAGAAGCCUUCUAAGUUCAUCACAGUGGAGAUGCGAAAAGGAAGCGUCAAGGACCGUCUGGGAAUCAGCUUCAUACAAAGAACAAAUGGACGGGGAGUGUUCAUCACGUACAUCCAACCCGGAAGCAUCGCCGCUCGUCAUGGCCGCCGCGUCAUGCAGGGAGACCAGAUUCUCGAGAUUAACGGCACGAACGUGCGCGAGAGCAACCAGAAGGACGUCGCGCAGAUGAUCAACAAUCUAGAUGGCGCCAUCGUACUGCUACUGGGUCGAGUGCCCAGCCUUUCGACGACCAUCCAGGAGUGGGCCCGCAAAAAGGCGCAGCAGAGCCUUCGCACACGAACCUCCACGUGGUCCUCGUACACGGGAAACAACAAGGAGAAGCUACAGAUACAGAGGCCCAGCCUUCCACUGAGCAGCGAGAGCUACGUGGUCAGUCUGGGCAACUGCGUCACCUCCAUGCUGGUGGCCACCAGCUCGCCCAGCGGACCGGCCUCUCGGUCGAGGGAAGUGAGUCCCAGCUCGUCGCUGCGACGCUCCAGGCUCAGCAUCGUGGCCGAAGACGUUCGACCUUCGAGUGGCGUCACAAGGACUACCUCGCUGGACGACGCUGCGGCGCCCAGUGCCUCCGGUGUGCCCAGCAUCAUGGUCACAAGCUGCUGA